AUGCAGCUCGCUCAUUGCGUCGCAUCGCUGGCCAUUGUCUUGGCCUUGGUUGUAGGCAAAGUCUCAGCCGACCCCGGAGCAGCUUGGACAGCCGACAAGUACAGAAAUUCUACCAUCAAAGAUCUUCGCAAACUGCAGCACUUCGGUAUAGCCGACGGGGAUGCCAAGAUCGUAUGGCAGUACAGCUGCGCUAAAGCUCUCAAGAACAUCAAGGAUGGCUUGGCUUUCGCAAACCACUACAAGACGAGCCAUACGGAUCGUGCCAAUCAGCCCGCCGCUGGUUAUGGCCUGGCAGUCUGCAAUGUCAAUCAUCAGCUCGGUGGUGAUAAUGGCAUCGCCUCGGAAGACAUCACGCUCCCGGUCGCCAAGAAAUUGGGUUGGGGUAUCGACGAUGAUUGGAAUUAG